AUGGCGUCCCUCUUACGGAGACCCUUCGCCAUUACGGCAACAUUGCGACAAGCAUCGCCGAAAGCACCGCAAACCCUCGCGAUCCGCGCAUUCCACAACACGCCACUGAAGCAGCAGUCGCACUUCUUCCGCCCCGCAAAGCCCACGGUAUCGACAUCGCACAAUGUUUCCAAGUUCCAGCAAGCGUUCCGACGCGGAUACCAGCAGGCUGCAUACAACCCGGUGGCGCAGGGCGACUUGCGACAGCGCAUGCUGUAUGGAGCCGGCAUCUUCGGUGCCACCCUUUUAGGCAUCAACUUUAUCUUCAACCGCGAGACCCGCGAGGACGGUGGCAUGCCGCCAUUCGAGCGCGAAUACCUCAACGACACCUUCAUGCACACUGGCCUCGGUAUUGGAAUGAUCGGCAUUGCUGCCCGCGCGCUGCACAUGAACGGCUGGAGCUUCAGGCUCAUGAGCGCAAACCCAUGGCUGGUACUUGGAGUUGGCCUGGUUGGAAGCAUUGGCACAAUGUAUGGCACGAUGGCUACCUCGCCGUCUAACUACGUCCAAAAGUACGCCCUCUGGACUGCCUUCAACGGUACCCAAGCCCUCCUCCUAUCUCCCCUCUUCUUCAUGCACCCUGCCAUCCUCGCCCGCGCCGGUCUCUACACUGCUGGAAUGAUGGGUUCAAUCGCUUUCGUUGGUGCAACCGCGAAGACAGACAAGUACCUCUACCUGGGUGCACCGCUUUUGGGCGGCGUGGCCAUUGUCGCGCUCUCUGGUCUCGCUCCACUCGUCAUUCCCGCCACCGCUGCCCGCACACUUAUGUUCACCGAGAACAUCUGGCUAUACGGUGGACUUGCCGUAUUUGGAGGCUUUACAUUGGCAAGUUACGACGUACAAAAAGUAUUGAACCACGCCCGCCAGGCUGAACGUGGCUUGAUACCGAAAGAUCCUGUAAACGAGUCUAUAUCACUGGAACUGGACUUCAUCAACAUUUUCGUCCGCAUGGUUCAAAUUCUCGGAAUGAGCCAGAACAGGAGGAAAUAG